AUGAACUUCAACUCAAGAAAAGCUGAAGGGGCGCAACUCCUGGAUGGAGCCGGGGCGCAGGCCCGCGCGGGGGUGCGCGGGGGGGGGGGCUCGGCGGCCACCCCCGCGGACUGCGUCACUGUGAACACUUGGGGGCCCCGAGCCGCGGCCCCGAGUCCACUCAGGCGCCGGGCGCUGCAGGCCCGGGGGGCGCGCGGGAGGGGCGCGCGCUCGGAGCCCCGGGUCUGGGCGCCGCUGGCCCGACGGCCGAGGCCCAGCGGCCUCGGGAGCUUCGGGCGCCCCGCGCGUCCCCGCCAGCCCCCCUCGUUCCCGGCGGCGGGCGCGGGGCGCGGGGCGCGGGCCCUGGGGGCGGCGCGGGCGUCGGACCCCCGGCGGGAGGGCCUGGGGGGCGGGCCCUGUCGGGGCGCCCGGGGCCCCAGGAGGAGGCCGGGGCGCUCCAGCGGGGGGGCUGGGCGCGAGGGCCCCGCUCCCGCCCGGGGGCGCCGGGGCUGUGGGGACCGGGGGGCGCCUGUGCGGGGGGCUGGGGGGCCGCACCCGCCGGCUCCUGGAGCGGGGCCCGCGGGGCGCGCCCGGAAAGGGGAGCCGCGGACGGGCGGGCGGCGGCGGGUGCCAGGCGCGGAGGAGGGGCCGGCGCGCGGGUUCGGCCUCGUCGCCGGGGAAUGUCCCGGAAACGUCCUGGAACCGGGCCGGGCGGCACCGCCGAGUGCGGAGCGACGCCUCCGGGCCGGGCUGGAAGCGGGACUCGGGGCCAACGGGACUCGGGGCGCCGCGCCAGGCCAGGGGCCCGCGCCCGACCCCGCGCCCCCACCCCGGCAGGCGCCGCUGCGUGGCCCGGCCCCGGGGCCCGGGGCGCUGACCCGGCGGCCCUCCUGGCACUCAGCCCGCAGCUGGGCAGGGACGGGCGAGCCGGGCAGCGGGAGGGCCGACCUGGCAGCCAGAACCACGGAGCAGAUGCCCAGAGGCGGAGCGGGCGAGGAGCAGGCGGAGGAGCCAGAGCGGAGGCCGGCGGCCCGGGCGGGCGGCCUCUGUCCGGCCCGUGGGGUGGGCGGCGGGUGGCAGGUGGCGGCCGCGCAGGUGUCGCUGGCAGGCCCGGGCUGGGCCACCUGCCCCGGGCAGCUGGGCCGGGAGACCUGCCGGGCCCGGCCAGAGGGAAAAACAGAGACGGUGUUAAAAAGUUAUCCAGAGCUUCAGGACGGUGACACUCCCCAGAGGGCCUCCGGGGACACGCCCUCAUUCAUGUCCGUCCAGCCCUGCUUCUGCGAUACGGCAGCGGUGGACGGGCUGGGAGGCCACUUGGGCCAGAAGCCUGUAACCCUGACUGACCGGCCCAUCCCCAAAGCUCGCUGA